UCCCGAACGUCUAAGCAAGCUCGUAAACCAACCAACCUUCAACGACUGUAUUAAAUACGGCGAAAGGUUGUGCGCCGUCAUAAUGGACACAAAGAUUGACAAGUUUCUCAAACCAAUAUACGUCGGUUUAGCAGUGCUUGACAUUAGCAAGUCGCUAAUGUACAAGUACUUCUACGACGUAUUAAAACCUCAUUAUGGCGACGCAAUUAGCCUGGUUUACAUGGAUACUGACUCCUUCAUAUACCUGCUCAGAGUCAGCGACUUCUACCAGGAUUUAGCCGACAGCCCCGAUUUACUGGUGUACGUGGACGCAUCUAGCCUGCCCAAGGAUCACCCUUGUUACUCGACCUCGAGGAAGAAGACGCCUGGUCUGUUUUCAGACGAGACCGGCGGCCUCACCCUCUUUGAGAUCGCUGCACUUCGUUCAAAGUGCUAUGCAUUUGACAUGGAAGGCAGCGAACCCAUAAAGUCUAAGGGGAUCCGCGGACACGUUGUCCGGAAUCAUCUGUCUUUGGACGAUUACAAACGAUGUUUGUUUGAAGACGAUGGCGACGAUGGUGACGAUGCGUCAAAACGAGCGUUGGCCGGAGACAAUGCCCGUGUAGUCAUCGGAGCCGUACUCGUGCAACAGCGCAGACAACCGAUUCACCCAUUUGUACGAGCCACGUGCACUAAAGUCACGCCACAUUGCGUUUUUCAGCGUGCGGUUAAAACGUUCCACUAG